AGGAUGGAGAAAGCUGAUAUAUGAAGAUGGCCACUGCAUGCAAUUUGCACACGCGUCAACUUAUUAGCUCUUGUGCUUUCAACUAGGCCAUUAUUAUUCAAAACCCUCUUCUUCUCUCUCUGUCUCUCUCCAGAAUCUCUCUUGACCCUUGAGAAAAAUGGUGAAGGCUGUAGCAGUUCUUAGCAGCAAUGAGGGUGUGACAGGAACACUUCACUUUAAGCAACAAGCUGAUGGUCCUACUCAUGUCACUGGAAAUAUAAGUGGCCUUAAGCCCGGCCUCCAUGGUUUUCAUGUUCACGCACUCGGGGACACGACAAAUGGUUGUAAUUCCACAGGGCCACAUUUUAAUCCAAAAGGUACUGAGCAUGGUGCGCCUGAUGAUGAAAUUCGUCAUGCUGGAGAUUUGGGAAAUCUGAAAGUUGGCCAUGACGGCAAUGUGGAUAUCAAAAUUACUGACAAACAGAUUCCUCUUACUGGACCAAAUUCGAUACUUGGAAGAGCACUUGUGGUUCAUAGAGAUGAGGAUGACCUUGGCAGAGGCGGACAUGAGCUAAGCAAAAGCACUGGUAAUGCUGGUGACAGAAUUGCCUGUGGUAUCGUCGGGCUGGUAGAAGAAUAAGAUUCUGCUUUAAAUGCUUUAGAAAUGCUAUGUAAUGAACUUGCUUGCUCUGUGUGUGUCUGGUACAGUGACCAAUGGCAACAAACAAAACUAAGUUUAAUAAAGGAGCAAAUGCAGUGUUGUGGCAUGGUUUGAAUA